GGCCGGGCCCCGCCGCCCCCAGCGCCGCCCGCCCCGGCCCGCAGCGCAGCGCAGCCGGCCGCCGCUGCCGCGCCAUGAAGAUCAAGGACGCCAAGAAGCCGUCUUUCCCAUGGUUUGGCAUGGACAUUGGGGGAACUUUGGUGAAACUCGCAUAUUUUGAACCUAUCGAUAUCACUGCGGAGGAGGAGCAGGAGGAAGUUGAAAGCUUGAAGAGCAUCCGCAAAUAUCUGACAUCCAACGUAGCCUACGGAUCCACUGGCAUUCGAGAUGUCCACCUUGAGCUGAAAGACUUAACCAUUUUUGGUCGCAGAGGAAACUUGCACUUUAUUAGAUUUCCAACUCACGAUUUGCCUACUUUUAUCCAAAUGGGAAGAAAUAAAAACUUUUCAACACUACACACGGUGCUCUGCGCCACGGGAGGUGGCGCUUAUAAGUUUGAAGAAGACUUUCGCACAAUUGGAAACCUCCAGCUGCACAAACUGGAUGAGCUUGACUGCCUUGUCAAAGGCUUAUUGUAUAUAGACUCUGUCAGCUUCAACGGCCAGGCAGAGUGCUACUAUUUUGGAAAUGCCUCAGAACCUGAGAGAUGCCAAAAGAUGCCUUUUAACCUGGAUGACCCGUACCCAUUGCUGGUUGUUAACAUUGGUUCAGGAGUCAGUAUUUUGUCAGUCCAUUCCAAAGACAACUAUAAGAGAGUAACUGGAACAAGUCUAGGUGGAGGAACCUUUCUUGGUUUAUGCAGUUUGUUGACAGGAUGUGAAAGUUUUGAAGAAGCUUUGGAAAUGGCAUCUAAAGGAGACAGCACACAUGCUGACAAGCUGGUUCGAGAUAUUUAUGGAGGAGACUAUGAAAGAUUUGGCUUGCCAGGAUGGGCUGUAGCAUCCAGUUUUGGAAAUAUGAUUUACAAAGAGAAGAGAGAGUCUGUGAGUAAAGAAGAUCUUGCAAGAGCCAUCUUGGUCACCAUCACAAAUAACAUUGGGUCUAUUGCCCGGAUGUGUGCAGUAAAUGAGAAAAUAAAUAGAGUUGUGUUUGUUGGCAAUUUUUUGCGUGUGAAUACUUUGUCAAUGAAGCUUCUUGCGUAUGCACUGGAUUACUGGUCCAAAGGCCAGCUGAAGGCAUUGUUCCUAGAACAUGAGGGAUACUUUGGAGCUGUUGGUGCUCUUCUUGGGCUGCCAAACUUCAGUUGAGAUGCGAGAUGUCACUGCACUGAACUGUUUUCCACCUGGAUGACACCCGUUUAUGGCAAUGGGAACUAAGUCUGGGGAUGGGAAAAGAAAAUGGUAGAUUUUCUGUAACUUUUUAAAUUUAAGAAGUGAUGAGCUACUGAAUAUUGCUAUUAUAAGGAAGGUGUUGGUUUUUUUUUUUCCUCCGGGCAUUCAAAAGCAAAAUGGUUGGGGAUACCAUUUAUGUUCUUUAAUACAUGUAGCCAAUAUUGAACUUUUAAUAUGCAAUACAUCCUCUGAAAACGAGCUUCUGGGAGAAUGAAUGCCAGUCCUUUAAGUGCUCAGCACUAAAAUAUUGCAAGUUAAUUCCUGAGGCUUUAGGCCUAUUGGGUUUGUAUAUAACUGAUGAAUGAAACAUUAUUUUUAUUUGGUUAUACUACAGUAUGAGCACAAUUUCCCUCAUGCACGCAACUGUAAAAACAAUAAGGUACUAUCAACAAGAUGAGGAAACCAUAGGCAGUGGUUUUCCAUGGUAACAAUAGUAAUUAUUUUCCUGUGUAGUGGAAAUACUACUAAUGCUUUAGUUUUCAGUGGAAAGAAUAAAAACACAAAAAAUCAGCCAAAGCAGAAGAAUAAGCAGUUGAUGUCAUGAAGGUUUUGUGAAUAACUCUACUUGCCCUCUUCGCUUACUUGAACAUCCACCUGUGAUUUUGGGAAGACCCUCUCUCUUUGGUUAGAUUUAGAAAAGGAUUUAAUGAAAACUUUUCUGUUUUUAUUUGAGGAUGUGACUUCCAAAAAUGCCUUGAGGUUGGGGGGGGAGGUCCUCAAAUUCUGACAUCAUAAAUCAUUAUUUGUGAAGACACCACAAAGCCUGUGAGAGUUGAAGAAAUCCUCUUCCUAACAAACUUAAAAUGGAACACUGAAAUUCUGAUGCUUUGGCUGACUUAUAUGGAGGCUUAGAAAAUUUGUGUCCCAUCCUACUCUUUUGAAAAUCUGAUUUCUCUAAUUUUAUGUGAGGUAAUCAGACUCUAAUUAAAUGUUGAAAAUGGAAAAUGGCUAGCUUGCUUUUGGAUUUGUAAGUUUGAUUUCUGGAACUUGAGGACAGCAUCAGAGUUUGUACUGCAGUACUAAAAGGACCAAUAUGCAGUGCACUUGCAAUAUGGAACCAUUUAUCAAACUGUGGCCUUGGGAUAAAAUCCGUACUCGGGAACUGAUCGUUUUUUCCUAUCUACUUUAGAAAUUUGCAGUUGGGAUUAUUGUAAUAAGCUUAGUCCUGAAGCAGGGCAUGAGAUCUUAAAUUUAUAAGGACAUUAUACAGUUGUUAGCUAUAUGAAUCUUUGUAGACUAAAGAAAUAGCCAUUUUUAUGAUAAUUUAUUUUAAUGUUAUUUCCUAUAAGUGCACGAAGAACAACCAAACUAGAACGUGUUAGUGUUGGGUUUUAAUGUGCUUUACAACUGAUGAUUCCACAGCAUGGCUGCAUUGUAUUCAGACACAUCCACCUGGUACGUUGGAAAGCUGUGUGCAAUUUUUUUCCUUUAUUUAAAUUCAAAGCCCCAUAUUAACAUCUUACGGUUUUAAAAAUAAAUAAAUUUGUGAUCUUUUAAGAAUGCAGUAACUUAGAGUAGCCACUUCACUGAGCCCAAUGCCAAUCUCAAAUACAGUUCAUCUACCAGUGCUUUUCCUAGUACUCCUACUGAAUUUUCUGUGCUUGCUUUGAUGUUUCAGUCUAGACAUUAAAAAAUGAACUCACAGUUCAACUGAUGUAAUGCUAAUCAGAGCACUUCAGAAAAUAGGUGAAUAUGGCUUUUAUAGUGUCUUACAAGUACUGUGCACUGUUCCUUUCAAGAUUGACUAUAGGAAGUAAUCUGUAUUUGGUUAUAAAACUUCAAGAAACAUUUUCUGAAUGUUUUGACAGCUUCCUGAAAAUUUUGUGAACCAACUGUAUGUUUUUCUUGCAAAGUGAAGUAUUUUAAGACACUACAGCCUAAUUAGAAACAGUUCCUUUAGUCCGUAUUUAUUGCUACUUCAUUUCUCAUUGUGUUACUGAAAGAGCUGCUUUUGAAGCAGUAGUUGGAGGUGUCGUAUGUAUUUAAACAGAAGCGCACAUAGGAGAUGGUUACCUAAUGACCGUGACUAUGGUUAAUUUAAACCAUUUGAAGUUGAUAUGACCUAAAAGACAUUUUAAGGUAAAUUGUACAGUUACAGAAUAAAGUAAUGCAGUAAUUCUUGAAUAGCUGUACUGUAUAGAUAGAAACUACUGUGAGAAUCAAAGUAUGCCCUACCUCUGUUUUUCCUUCCUAGAGCUUGCAGAAAAAAGGCUUCCUUUCACUUGUUUUAUCAGCACAAUUGUAACUUCAUUACAGGAAAAAAGAAGUUUUUAAGCCUGGCUUUAAAGCCAGAUCUUUCAUUUUGUCUCAUUUUCUCUCAAAUUAGAACUCGUUCCUAGAGUCUUCAAAGAUUGGCUCUACCACCCCUAGAAAUACUAGGCAUCACAAAUAGUAGCAGGAUAAGCCUUGAAGUCUUCUAAUCUAAAUUCUCUUCUAAAUAAUUUGAACAGGCUUGUAUCUCUUAUACGCAUAACUGAAGUAACUUGCAUUUUUCCUGCUCUCUAUUUUCAUUUUCACACUUGCUGUUCCUAUUCCCCAAAGCUAACUGGUUGAAGCUGCUUUAUAGUGAACUGAUUCAGUGUACUACAGUAGAGGGCAUUAGGGGUUUUCUCAGGGCUACUCUUGUCUUCUCAAGUAGGACCGCUUUAAAGGAAAGUUGUCUGGUACUUGUAAAGUAAAACAUAAAGCUCAUUUUGAAUGUGUAAUUGCUUUCAGCUCAGUCAGCCAUGCGAGUGCCUUUUAAGUUUUUCGUGUAAUGCCAAUUUUAAUGGUACUGGGACUUGAUUCAUGAGACUUCUUGACCAGUGUUGCUUAUCAGAUAACUUUAUUGGCUGUGGAGAUGAUCCUUUCCAUCCGGUUUAGUUAGAGACGCCAGGAGAACAGCACAAGGUUUGGGCUGCCCAUCCCCAUAGCCCUUAUCUUUGGAGGUAAUGCCUUUGCACUUUUGUCUCUCUCCAGCUCGAUCUUCUUAAGCAUGACGCACAGUUUUAUUCUAUCAGUAUCUCCCUAAAAAUCCUACUAGUUCUUAUUCAGGUGAGCACAGAUUAUUUCUGGCCAAAGAAGUUCAUUUUAUAUGAAGCUCUCCCAAGUUGUUACAGCUGUUAAACUUUACCACCUUUCUACUUCUACAUAGGGUAACAGCAUUUUUAACAGGAAGAGAACCGUUUCUAUAAUAUGUUUUGAACAUUUAGCAAUAUGAGGUGAACACAUCUUCAGUGUUCUUUACUGAGGCUUGCAGAGGUUAAGGUUAAACACUUGAAUUUUUUAACAAAACUUGAAUAAAGAUAACAGUUCAGAGAGAAGCAACAUUGGUAUAAUUUAUUUUUGUCUUAGUUUGGUCCAGAUUUUAAAACAGUGUUCAGAUCUCUACUGUACCUUUUGAAGAUCUUUGCCUCUCUUUCUCUAGUGUUCUGCAAGCAAGCACCUGUGUGAUUCUCUCAGCACAUCACAGAAUGCUUCCUUUUGUAGACUGGGAGUUUUGGCCUAGAAAGAAUAUGAGAUCCUGCUGUCCCCCUCUAUUCUCAGCCUGCAUGUUAAGAACAAAAGUUAAGUUCUGGCUUCUCGUAAUAGAUUAAAUAUUCCUUCAGUAGUACUGUGAGAUUCCUGCUUGCAUAUGAGUUGUUGGUAGUGUAUAUGCAAGCUGAUGAUACUGCCUUUAAAGACUGAAAUAUUAAGUCUUUUUCUCUAUCCAGUAUAGGUCUUCAGGAAAUACCUACUUUCAGAUAAGUCACAAUAACUUCUCAUUCCUAAAUGUUUCAGUAUAACAGAUCUUAGCAUUUGAAACUAGUUAGUGUCUUUUUUUUCUGGAGUAAGUCUGUGCUUCCUAAAGACUAGAUGGUGUCUUAUGCAUUCAGUCUGUAACUAACAUUAAUGCCUAAAUUCACAUUCAAACUGUUUUAAACAUCACUUUCACUAUUCACGUUCUGGAAACUGGACAGGUAUAAUCCCAAGGGAAGAGUUUGCUUAAGUUGAGAACAGAUCAAGAUCAGUGCAGUUCAGAUCAGCUACAUGUGGUCAUCCUUUUAUCAUGAGUUCAUUUUCCACGUUUCACGAGGUUAGUUGUUUCCCUUGUUGGUAGUUUCCUUUUUUUUUUUUUUUUGAGUACAUGGGCUUAAAAGAUAUGCAGUAUGUAAUAGACCUUUUAGGUUAAAAAGCAAACAAAACUGUUGUGGGUCAGACUGUGAGUGUUUGACCAGGACCUGUAGAUUACCGUGCAGAGCUAGGAAGGUACUUGGCAUGUGCAGUUACUGUUUUGGUUUUACUGAUCUUUCUAUUUCCCCUUAAUGCACAGUGAGAGGGAGUAUGGUUAAGCUCAUUGUGGGUAAAAUGGAUGAAGUAUUUUAAAUCAUCUGACGUGACCAUGGGAGACAAAAAAUGCCUUGUCAUACAGACAGAGGGGUAAUUGUCCACUUCUGUUAUUGAAGUUUUAUUAAUGUAUUCCAAAGUACAUUGCCAGUAUUCUGUCAUCUGAGAUAGAAUAUUACUAAUUCUUUGAGUUAAAGUCUGUAAAGAGGCUUUUGUUACUUUUGUUUAAUUCACACGUGCAAAAUAUUAAACUUUUUAAAAGCAUUUUUUCACGCUUUGUGAAAACAUCUAAAAAGAGGCUGUUUGUAAUGUUUGUAAUUAUUAAUGUGCUAACAGAAGUAUGUUUGAGCGGUCCAGGUCUGCAUAACUGAGUGCCAAAUCCUGCUCACUUCAGCUAGUUGAGUAGAUCUCUUAAAUGGGAGCAAGGUUUGGCCUCAAGACCUUCUGCCUGGGGAACACAGUAAUGCUACGUUGCAUAUUCCUGCUGGUGCUAAAUCAUUUGUUGAGAAUAAACAUUCUAAACAGAAAUUGUAAAUAAAAUAUUUAUAGCCUGGUCUUUCUGACAGAUUUAAAAUCUAUUAUUUGCAAAUAACUUCUUGCCAUGUUUUGAGUUUCCCUUUUCCUUUUUUUAACAUACGUGGACUGUUUGUUAGCGUGACAAGUCAUUGACAGGUUUUAGCUUCCUGUGCUGCUUUCUGUAAGGCCCGUGACAUUCCGGUUGUACGCUAUGAGACGGAUCACUUCUCAUCGCAGGCUUUCAGUGUUAUCCUUAGGCUUGUUUUGUCAUUGUAGCUGCUCAAAGCAGUUAGCGUCAGCUAGAACAAGAUCAGCAUUUGUUCUUUGCUAAAACUUCAAGAAAUCAGACAUUCCUUUUAAAAUGUGGGGAAGCUGUUGAAAAAAAAAAAUGGAAAAAUACCAUUUAAAAUUCUUUUUAAAAGAAAUAUGUUAAUUAGUCUACAAAAUAAACUGGAAUAAGGUGUAUCAAUUGCUAAUCUGUGCUAUAAACUGCUAGCAUUUCACAAUUCUAGCAUCAAUUUAAGAACAUUGUAAAUACAUGCUUUAGGAGGAGGUAUAUUAGUUUCAGAUUGUGCAUCACAGAAGAUAAUUAUAAGACUAGUGAAAUAUUUUGAGAAGUACUUAAUGACAGCAUCUAGAACAUGAAAAUCAGUGUUUUGAUGUUAUAGGUUAUAGAGGGCUUUUUAUCAUCUGCACUUUUCUAUGUUUCUGAGUUUCGGCAAAUUUUAACAAAUGAGUAUUUGAUUUUUCCAUCUACUGACUUGUCAUGUGCAGGCCUGCUAAUCACCAACUCCUGUCUUCAGAUGUUUUAGAUGCUUAGUAAAAUGAACAGGCAAAUUAAUAAAUUGUAAACCCUUGUAGGAUGGAAGUUCUCUUAAGAGCCAUUUGGUUAAGUUGCCUUAUUCUAUUACAUUGCACUCAUGUUACGUCUCCGCUUCCUUGUUUACUGUUCUGACACUGAAGAUGUGAUGUAAAAAUAUGUGCUACAAAUUUUUACUCAUAAAUUCCUGAUUAAUACCUUUGUGUCACCUGUUAAUACAACUCUUGUAAAUGAUACCUUUAUGCCAUCUCUAAUACAGCUCUUGUAAAUUGUUUAAAUUAUUUUUCUUUUUAUAACCUCGUUACUGAAUGUACAGAUUAGAUCCCUUUAUUAUCUCACUCAUUUCAUUGGGGCCUAAAUGUGGCCGAUGCUGUAACUCGUCCCAUCAAAACUGUAAAUAAUACUUUAUUGCUUGUUUGCAUGAAUGAAGUUUGCAUUUCAUUUACUUUGUCAUAAGCCAACUCCUCUGUGAUGGGCCUACUUUUUACAGUUUAUUUUCCUGGUUUUAUUAGCAUUUGUUCUGUAUGAAUGUUCAAACAGUACUUUGUCUUUUCCUAAUAAAUAAUUUGAGAUUGUUCA